CCUCUCGUCAGCCGACAGGGGGGCGGAUACCAAGCGCUCAGGUUGGCAGAAGCAGCAUACCAAAGAGCUCCAGCCGCUCCUUUGUGAAACGGAGCAGCAGCACAGCAGCAGCGGAGGGUCGUGCCGCACCCUUACUUGACUGCUCUUCCUGGGCCUCACAGCGCGGAUCACUGCGCACAGGUAACAACCGCUCAAACUACCGGAAGCAAGGGAAAAGUCCCAACACAGGUGACGGAGACUGGCUUCCAAGUUUGAGUUUGUGGGACGAAAAAGAAAAGGCUGGAAUGGAGCCUUGAUAGAAACAUAGACAAAAAAACCCCCCAACAAUUGCUUUUUUAUUGCAUUUAUUUUCACCUUGUGCUCAGAUGGUGUUGUACGUGCGCACGACGUGACCUCAGGUACGACAGCACAUUGUUUCUCAACUCGACGAGGACUCUGAUCUGGAUUUACUUGAUAAACGAGUUCAUAGACACAAGAAAAGAUUGAAGACCAGUGAAUCCAGAGUCCCAAACCUCCAUACAGUGAAGGCCUCCGACUUCAAACUGGAUCCCUCCAGUCCUCACCUGUCCAGCUGAUGGCAUGCCGAUCUCCAGCUCACCAGAGAGGGCGAGUCUGAAUGGCGCCCUAGACCUUCCCCUCUGCUUCCUGUCUGCAACGCCGCUCUCCUCCCCAUCCUCUUCAGCUCAUCUCUGAUCCCACAUCCACCGGAUAGCUCAACAUGGAUAUACAGACCGAUGACAAAGACGGAUGCUACUACAACCGUACUGUCAAAUUUUUCUAUGAGAUGAGUGGCAAGAACAUCAGCGACCACUGGCGCACACGUGACUAUGUGAUUGUCACUCUGGGCAUGGGGGUCUGCUUCAUUGUCAUCUUUUCCAACCUUUUGGUCAUAUGCGCCAUUUUAAAAAACCGACGCUUUCACUUUCCCAUCUACUACCUGUUGGGUAACUUGGCUCUGGCAGACCUCUUCUCAGGUGUCUCCUACCUCCACUUGAUGUUUCAUACUGGUCCCUGGACCAUUAAGCUGUCUAAGCACCAGUGGUUUGUGCGACAGGGACUGAUCGACACCAGCCUGACAGCUUCUGUCCUCAACCUCCUGGCUGUGGCCGUGGAGCGUCACCAAACCAUCUUCACAAUGCAGCUGCACAGUAAGAUGAGCAACCGACGUGUUUUCAUCAUCAUGCUGUUCAUCUGGCUGGUGGCCUUAGUCAUGGGCCUGGUUCCCACCAUGGGCUGGCACUGUCUGUGCGACCUGAGCAACUGCUCCACCAUGGCACCGAUGUACAGCCGCAGCUACUUGGUGUUCUGGGCCGUUCUCAAUCUGCUGACCUUCUCCAUCAUGUUGGCCGUCUACACCCGGAUCUUUGUCUACGUGAGGCACAAGAGCAAGCAAAUGUCUCAGCACACCAACCAGAUGAGACACAGAGAGACGGUGUUCAACCUGAUGAAGACCGUCUCCAUGAUUCUGGGCUGUUUUGUGAUCUGCUGGACGCCCGGCCUGGUGGUGCUGCUGCUCGACGGUCUGGGCUGUGAAAAGUGUAUGGUGCUGCGCUAUGAGAAGUACUGCCUGGUGCUGGCCGAGUGCAACUCCUUCGUCAAUCCCAUCAUCUACUCCUUCAGGGACAAAGACAUGAGGAGGACCUUCAAGGACAUAUUGUGCUGCCUGUGCCGGCGGGGCGGCAAAGACAAGAGCAUCUCUGGAGUUCAGUUUAACACCCUGGAGCACGAGGUACUGUCCGAGAGCAAUGGAGCCGACGACAACAAACAAAACAACCACUCGCGCAAAGGACUGUUAAAAAUAAACCACUGAGACCUAUCACACACAGUACGACCAUGACCACCACCACUAAAACAGUUUCACAGCUAUGCAAUGAGAAACUGACAGCUUGGCCGACUUGAUAACUUAAGGUUACAUUUAAAUGUGGCUCGUUAUAUUCAUGGUUGUAUGAUAAAAAAUUAAGCGUGAAAUCCAAAAAACUAAAGUAAAAACACCCGGGUUCCAAACAGAUAUUUUUUUUUUUUAAUUUAACAAAACCACUCUGUAUCUUUAACAGGUCUUUUUUCUUUUAAACUCAGUUACAGCGGCUAUAACUGAUAUUUAUACAACAACAACGUAUCAGAUGAAAGUGUAAAAAAAUAAUGUGACAUGUAAAAGGGGGUUGCGCAUGUUGAUGAACCUACAGAGAAUUAUCACCUGAAUCUGCAGCUCCCCUCAGCUUAACGGGGCUUCAUAGUGAGUUUCAGCUCAUUGUUUAGCUGUCCGGACUUUACUGUUUUGUUUCACUCUCACCGCUCUCAUAGAGUCGUUUUUGGCAGCAUCAGGCAGCUGUAUUUAGCGAAAAAACGCAAUGUACACUACCUGCUCAGCACCAAACAGCAGACAGACACAGUUAGCAACUAACUGGUGAACAUACUGGAGCAUUUAGCAGCUAAAGAGACCAAACAGGGCUAAAAGAGAGUGAAUACUGGACUUACAUUCAUCAGGUGGCCAGAAACACAACUCCAAAUGAAUGAUAAUGUUACCCCGUAACUGCUGAAUGUGUAAAUAAGCAACUGUGUGCUAUCAAGUUCGCCAUAAGGUGAUGAUAUGUCAAUGGUGGGUUCACAACUUGUUUCAGCUGAAAGUAGCCAAAAGAAUCUGUUAUUGCAGGUUUAAAGAUAGUACAUAAUCAGAAGCUCAUUUCCAUUUUCUCUCUGUAUUUCUUUAUUUAGAUAUUGAGCUGAAGUUUUCAUGCUCAGAGGAGUUCCUCAUUUAUUGUAAAUUGCAGUGGUCAGCGUCUUUUUUGCAGCAGGAAACGCAAAAAAUGUUGGAUGCAUGGGGACAUAAAAUCCAAUUAAAGGUCCAGUGUGUAACAUUUAGGAGGAGCUAUUGGCAGAAAUUGAAUAUAAUAUUUACAAGUAUGUUUUCAUUAGUGUAUAAUCACCUGAAAAUAAGAGUGGUUGUGUUUUCAUUACCUUUUUAAAAAAGCCCAGAACGGACAAACCAAACACUGGCCCUAGAUUGGUCCGUUUGCGUUUUUCGGGAGUUUCGCUGUCACCGUAGGUUCUGUUACACGCUUGGAACGGGAGGGUGAGUCGAGCGGUAUUCAAGUGGUACACACUGGACCUUUUUUAAAAAUAGGUUUAGAUUGCACGCUUUUUCCCCCCCUGAAAAUCGUUAAAAAACAAAAAUGAUGAGACUUUCAGAUCAAAACGGAUUGCACCUGAUAGUUAUUACUGUAAUCUAUUGCAUGGAGAGCCACUGAUGGCAGCCUUGACAAAACAGUAAAUGUGAUGAUUUAUUGUUUGAAAGUGACUGGUUUGUGUACUAUAGUCAUAUGUAGCAAAACUGUAAAGUCAUUACAGUUAAACCUUUUGUCUGUUCUACUUUAAUUUGCUGCUUUGACCAAAUAGAAACAGACGCGCUUCUGCUUUUAAGAUGCUCUGUGGGUGUAACACUUUGUUGAAUAUAAAACUUCCAACUAUUAACUCUAUUGUCCUGCAGUAUCACUGUGUUGAGUGGUGGAAGAGCAUAUGUAACUGUUAAUUAAUGUUGCAUGCUUUUUGACUUAUUUGGGCAGCACUGCGUAGUUUAUGAACACACAUUGUUGAGCUUUGUGCUGCCUAAGAAGUGCCAAAUAGAAUUUCUGCAAGCACUGUCCGUUGCAAAAAGCGACAUACUGUACGUGAAUUAGUGUACAGACAACAAACAAAAGCUGAGAACAUAGAGUUCUUACAGAGUGCACAGUGACAGCAGAUCUUGUUAUCGCUGCUCUGUUGCAUCACAUGCAUCACAUAUAUCAUCUGAUACAGUAUACUAGAAUUUCUUAUCUGUGUUUUCUUCUUUAAGUUCUUGUUUCACACUAAACCAAGCAAAAAUAUAUUUAAAUAAAUCUCGUGAGGACAGUGUCAUUUGAUCAAUAGGAACGACUGCUUAGUAUCACAGUUGCACAUGAACUUUUUCAUAUGAAAAGGCAUCAUUUGUAUGUACAUUCGUCCAGCAAGAAGAAAAGGUGUCUGCACAGGCAAAUGAACCAGAAUGCUCUUUCAGUUUCAAUGUUCAGUGAAGAGUCACCUACAUAGCUCCAGACCUGUCACCUUUUGGCAAAAUUUGCCGUUUUUAAAUGGAAAAAUAUGGCUCACUUGUGAUUGAAGUAUAUCCAGAGGGUUUUUUUUUUUUUUUAAUUUAGUUGCGGUUGGUGGAGUUUGGCUGCCAGCAGUUCUCAAGUGUGGAAGAGAAGAGGAGAGAAGUGGCCAAGGAAGACAAAGUGGCAAGAGUCUAAACCCCAAAGAUAUUUAAUUUACAAAAAUAUAAUAUAAAGAAAAGAAGCAAAUCCUCACUUGACAUUUUUACUGAAUAAAUAACUGUAAAGAUUAGCAGAUUAUCAAAAUUGUAAGCGAUUAAUUUUUUUGUCAUUAACUAUUGGAUUAAUUGGGGUGUGGAUUGGGGGAGGGGGCAGUUUCAGAACUAUCACCCUUUUUCCUCCAACUCGAGGCUUGAACUUUGCUCCAGGGUUUCAUCUUUUUAACCUGUCACUGACAACAUCAGUCAGUGUAUUAACAGCAGAUGUAUCAAGUGGCUACGUCUGGUAAAAUAGGUGUCCUUCCACACUGUAGAACGCACAGCCAAAACAUCUGUGCCUUUUACUCCCCUGAGCUGAACAUAGAAACUGAAGGAAUGGAAGUAAAAAUUAGUAUUCUGAUUAAUUUUGGUGUGAAAACUCUUUUUGUGUUUGCUGGACCUUGACUUUAGUUACAGGCACCCUGACAAACUCUGUUUUUGGACGACCGUCAUAUUUGUGUCUCGAUUCUGGGCACAGAAUGGGACAUUUUGAGAACAUUCGCACACACAAAAGUUAGAUUUUUGUAGUGAAAUUAUUAUAGCAAAAGAGUCAUUUAUUAUGAGCAAACUAAAAUCACUUUUAUGCUCAAUACAUUUUUUAUUGUGUGUUUGCUGUCAUCCACAUAGGUGCACAAUAAUAACCUCUCUCACACAGUUUUGCUUAUUUGCCUUCUCUCACUUCCUUGCUCACAGUGUCUCUCCUGCUCUUAGCAUCUCGAGUUUGGCUGCACGCUUGCUCAACCCGACGGCGGGUCAGCUCCGUUUCAGUGCGCCGGUGCAACACUUAACACAUAAUGCUGAGGGCUGGGAAAACUGUUGGUUGUAAAAUGGAGUGUAAUCUGUCAGCCAGCAGCAGCAAACAUGUAAUUGUCAGCUGACAAAACAAACAACAAUGUCGGCCUACAGGGUAAAGGCCAUGGUAGCUUUCCUAGUUGACAAAUAAUUGCCAAAAUGGGCAGUAAUGUUCACAAUAAGAUUUUAUGCAAGCCUGAAUAACAUUCAUCAGUUCUGUCUUAUCAAUCUCCCUUGACCUGUUUAUGUUUGUAUGGGCCAUGUGGUCUAGGUAGGCGUACACGCCGCUUGAAUUGAGCGGGGCAUCUGGCGUAUGCGCCGGCUGAGACGCCUUUUUAAAUGGUGCGUAGACUCCGCCUACUCGGCGAACCACAGGCGUACGCCGGCGUAGUAAUGGUGCAGACCCAGUGUUGCAGUGUGCCAAUGUCAGCCAAUCGGAGAAUUGGAGUAGGUCAUUUCUGUUUAGUCUCCAAGCCGAUCCCUAGUAUGAGUAUCAAUCACUAUUGGUCUUUGUUUGAUAAUAAUUUCUUUACAAAAUAUAAUUUGUGUGCGUGCAAAUAAUCUUGGUGCUCAAUAUGUGUCCCAUCAUGCACUGAGAAUUGAGACACACAUAAUUCUAUACAUAUGUACAUUCAUCCAGGCAAGAUGUCAAACUUUCCAUGAGGCAGACUUUAGCCUCAUACAUCAAGGAGGCACCUUUUUAUCAAACUCCUCAAAUCUCAUAAAACCAGGUCUUAAUGGUCACACUGCCUCGUACUAUAAAUAGGUUUCUUUUUUGGAAUUACCCAAAUCCCGGGAAUAACCCUGUCGCUUUAUGCAAUCGUUACUUACUAGUUUAUAGGGAGCACAGCAUUUCUAUGUUCUCUGUGCUGUUUGCUAAUGUGUGUGUGUUGGAUUGUGUGCACAUGUUGUACAGUCUUAAACCAGUCCAGAUGUGUGCUUGUGGUUGGAGUGGGUCAUGCUUCUUGCCACAUUUCCUCUGACUUGUUGCUCUGGCAUGUGUGUAUGUCAGAGGCAUGCACUCUCACACACACACAUGCAGCCUGUUUGCUGCUGGCAGGAAGUGCAGUUGUGUGUGUGUGUGUGUGUGUCACAGAAACAUUGUUUUACAUAUGUUUUACAUAUUUUUUGUGAGUGACAUUAAGAUUAGAAAGUUGGAGGAGGGGAGGCAGGAGCGAGCUGGUUAGAACAAAUUUGCCUUUGCCCUCUGUGUGUUGAUAGUAGACUCAUGCAAUUAAAAGGAAGUUGUACAUUUAUGGGUGAUAGUAAAUCAUUAACUAUAAGUAUUCUUAAAGGGAAUACCAUUACAAGAAGCUAUUAAAGGGAUUACAGUAUAUGCAAACUAUAUUCUUUGUCUUCAGAUUUCAGAUAAAUCAUCUUGUUGAUACUUUUUCAUAUUAUUACAGGCUAACUGUUGGUAUUGUUUUGACAGUUCAGAAACAUUUUCAUAUUAUUUAGGGUCUAUUUUUGUACAAACAUUGUCACACCUAAUAUGAAUAAAUGCGUAAAUCUGUCUA